UAACGCUAACUAACACAACCUCAACUCUUUGGUUAUGUUCUUUCGGUUUCGUAAAAUUGGGGCAAAAUGAGUAAAAGACAGGCGUUGCAGUUGUAUAAAGCUCUGAUUCGCGAGUCGAAGAAGUUUCCGGCUUAUAACUUCAGACACUAUGCCUUAAGGAAGAUAAGGGACAGUUUUCGGGAAAAUAGACAAUUGACUGACCAGGACGUGAUUAGGCAAAAAAUGGAUGAAGGAGUUCGUAAUUUAGAUGUAAUUAAAAGACAGGUGGUCGUAAGUCAAUUAUAUAGCACCGAAAAACUGGUUAUUGAGCACGUGAGGGCCCAAAAAAACUAAUUUGUAAGGUUUGUAAUGGUUAGAAAUAAUAAGAGUAAUUGUUUGAUUUUUUA